AUGGAGGAGGCCGCGCUCGGGGUUGGUCCAUCUGGGCACCAGAAUAUGCUGCGGAGGCGUGCAGCCCGCGGAAGACCUGGGGAUGUCGUAGGUGAGGCCAGUUGGGCCAGCAGUGUGAUCAACCUGGUCAAUACCAGUAAGUGCAAGGAAGCGCACAAUGCCCAGGGUGCUCCGAAUUCUGAUCAAUUUCUCAAUGCAGUCAUCGGUGCCGGUGUGCUUGCGAUGCCUCUAGCCAUCUCCCGUAUGGGAAUCGUCCUCGGCGUCUGCGUGGUUCUGUGGUCUGCAGCAACCGCAGGAUUCGGCCUCUACCUGCAGUCCCUAUGCGCGCUAUACCUAGACCGUGGAAGCGCCUCAUUCUUUGCGCUAUCACAAUUGACAUACCCAAACGCCGCCGUGGUCUUUGACUGUGCGAUUGCGAUCAAAUGUUUCGGAGUCGGCGUGAGCUAUCUCAUCAUCAUUGGAGAUCUCAUGCCAGGGGUGGUACAAGGCUUCGUCGGCAGCGAGCCAGGAUACGAUUUCCUGGUGGACCGCCAUUUUUGGGUUACGGCUUUCAUGUUGAUCGUGAUUCCUAUUUCCUAUCUGCGCCGUUUAGAUUCUUUGAAGUAUACCAGUAUUGCCGCAUUGGUGUCCAUGGCCUAUUUGGUUAUCUUGGUUGUGUAUAAUUUUAUCCAAGGGGACACAAAGGAGGAUCGAGGCCCGAUUCGCGUGGGCCAUUGGGCGGGCGCCAUUCCGACUCUCAGCAGUCUACCGGUUAUUGUCUUUGCAUUCACUUGCCAUCAAAAUAUGUUCUCCAUCCUCAACGAAAUCGGCAAUAACAGCCAUUUCCGCACAACUGCCGUUGUUUUUGCGAGCGCCGGUAGCGCAGCUGCAACCUACAUUCUCGUUGCCAUUACCGGGUAUUUAUCCUUUGGCAAUAGCGUAGGCGGCAAUAUCGUCGGCAUGUACCCACCAGGUGUGUACGCGACGAUUGGACGCGCCGCAAUCGUCAUGCUAGUAGUCUUCUCUUAUCCACUACAAUGCCACCCAUGUCGAGCCUCAGUCGAUGCUGUUCUAAAAUGGCGCCCCAGAGCACAAAUCACUGGGACAGAGAGCUCUCCAAACCGACAUCCACUGCUAGGCCCGCGCGGAAACCGCACGCCAGAGCCAAUGAGCGAUCUUCGCUUCUCCGUUAUCACAACCACCAUACUGGUCCUGAGCUACCUAGUCGCCAUGACCGUGUCCUCCCUUGAAUCUGUGCUGGCAUACGUCGGGAGCACUGGCAGCACGAGCAUCAGCUUCAUUCUCCCGGGCUUGUUUUACUACAAAAUCUCCUCGCCCGACUCGCCUACCCACCAGGGCUUAAUGAAAGAGGACGAUGAGGCAGAGGAUGAUCUCUCGGAAGAUGACGACUGCGACGAUGGCGAGGGUUCCCUCGCUCGCUCAUUGACCGAGAGUGGCCUUUUGCUCCGUGGCACCCGCCACUGGCGCAAGGCACUGCUUCGCCGACUCAGCCUGGCAUUGGCUCUCUACGGUUUCCUUGUUAUGAUUGUGUGUCUGGUUACGAACACCUUCUUUACAACCUCGCAUUAA